AAGAAGAAGAAGCAAAACGGCUCAAGUCCAUGCCUGUUGUGCCAGUUGCAACCCCAGUCCGAGCAGCCAGUGAGCCUCUGUGGCCAAGUGUGGAGGGGCCACACUUCUUUGGCCAUGAUGCACACCGCGAUGAUCAUGAUGAUGGUUGGUAUGGGACAAACUGGGGAUGUGAUUGGAAGCAGGGCUGGAAAAGGCAAUCCUGGUCGAAUAUACCAAGGUCAUGGGAGUACCGCAAAAGCUGGAGUUGGGAUGACUACUAUGAGAGCAAGGGGUGGACAAAUGAAGAGUAUGAGGGGUGGGAAGGUCGUCAGAAGCUCCAUCGUCCAAACACCUUGGACAACUGGCGCGGGUAUUCUUGGGGUGAAUCAGAAGCGGAGGAAGAAUGCCAAGAGAAGAGCGAACGGCCUGCCAAGGUACCAAGAGUCCAACAGUUGGAAGACUCGAGGUCAGUCGAGUCACUCGCCGGAUGUCUGAAUGAUCUGAGUCUGGAGGAGGGGAGGGUAUCGAAGGAGAAUGUUGCACCAACCCUUUUGGAUCAGCCGGAGCAAGGUGGGGGGUUCGAAGAUGCGGAAGAGCUCAACAAGGACAAACAGGACCUGAGAGCAUCACCACCAGAGGAGCACAAAGACGAUAAGGAGAAUGACAAGAAGCAGGUUGAAGCAGUCUCGGCAAAGGAGGAAACGAAAGAGAAUGAACCGAAGAGUGAAGCAGCGUUGGUGAACAAGGAGGACACGAAACCGAAAGAAAGUGAAGCAGCCGAGGACACAAAGGAGGACAAAGAGAAGAAUGAAGCAGCCUCGACCGAGGAGAGUGAGGAGUCCAAAAAGAAGAAUGAAGCAGCCUCGACCAUGGAGACAAAGGAGGAUGAAAAGAAGAAUGAAGCAGGCCCGACCGUUGAGACAAAGGAGGAUGAAAAGAAGAAUGAAGCAGGCCUGAUCGUGGAGACAAAGGACGAUGAAAAGAAGAAUGAAGCAGGCCCGACCGUUGAGACAAAGGAGGGUGAAAAGAAGAAUGAAGCAGGCCUGAUCGUGGAGACAAAGGAGGAUGAAAAGAAGAAUGAAGCAGGCCCGACCGUUGAGACAAAGGAGGAUGAAAAGAAGAUCGGGGCUACAAAGGAUGACAAAAUGAAGAAUGAAGCAGCCUCCACCGAGGAGGCAAAGGAGGAUGAAAAGAAGAUCGGGUCUACAAAGGAUGACAACAUGAAGAAUGAAGCAGCCUCCUCCGAGGGGACAAAGGAGGAUGACAAGAAAGUCGAGGAAACCAAUGAGGAUGACAAAAAGGUCGAGGAAACAAAGGAUGAUGACAAAAAGAAUGAAGCAGCAAGGAAGAAGACGGAUGCGAAACAUAAGAAUGAAACGAAUGAAGCAGCCUUGAUGAAGGUGGAGGCGAAGCAAGAGAAAGACCAGAAAGAAAUUGAAAAGUUUGUUGAAGACAUCAAGAUCAACUGGAACGGCACAAAGGAGACUGAAAAUAAGACUGAGGAAGGUGCAGCUGCAAUUGUAGCUCACAAGUUGGAGAAUGCAGAGUUGAAAGAAAAGGAGAUCAAGUGCCAUGCAGAUGCCUUGAAGCAAUACCUGGCGUUUGACUCGGAGGUUGAAGUGGAAGAACAUGAAGAAGUAGUGCAGCAGUUGUACCAAGCAAUUGAAGAUGACGAUUCUGGCGAUGAGGUAAAGAACGAGGGCAAGAACGAGGGCAAGAAGGAGAAGAAAGAGGCAGCCAAGUCAAAGAAGGAUCAAAAGAAGACUGGCAAGAAAAGCAAGAAAGGAAAGAAAAAGGAGAAGAAGCCCAAGAGUGGCAAAGCAAAGAAGAAGGAUAAGGAGAAGAAGUCCGGAAGAAAGGAUGAGAAGGACGCGAAGAGGGCGGAGGAGGAGGAGAAAGCAGCUCAGGCAAAGGAAGCAAAAAAGAACCUUUGCAAAGAUGCGAAAAAGGCAUGGCUCUUCUUACAGGGUGUUCACUGUCAGGUCCUUUAUUACAUGUGCAUCAAGUCUUUCAGAAAGGUUCAUCAAGUCCUUGGGCCCCACAUUCCCACGCCUUCUUGCCCUCAUCAGGCCAUUGAUGCAGCGAGCCGAAAGGUGAAGGAUUCCCAGACUUGCCUGGCAAAUAUCCAACAUCUGCCCAGGGCUCAUCGCAGUAGGAAUAUACCAGAUUGA